AUGAAAAUCAGAUCAGGCAUUCUGCCUCGCUUGAAGCAGUUGAAGCUUCCGGAGGAGUUCAUCGUGGAAGAUCAGAAUGGUUGUGAUGUCACGCUACGUUCGUUCAUUCAGUGUCAAAGAAUGCACGCCUGCCUGGGGCUAAAGCUUCCAGAGGAGUUCAUCAUGGAAGAUGUCAGGCUACUUUCAUUCAUUCAGAGGCAAAGAAUGCACGCCUGGCUGGGAUACGUUUUAUUCUUUUGUCUCUGUAAUUUAACAAUAAGCAUGGCACCAGUUUUGGAGGACAACGUAGGAACCGAACCGCAUUCAACAUUCUGCCUUUGUCGAAUGGACGACGGAAAAAUCAGCGCGUUGGCUGUUCGACUGACAAUCAGAAGUUCGGAUGAAAUCAUGUGUGCCGACCAGAUGAUGGUGGCAUUCAACAUUCUGCCUUUGUCGAAUGGACGAAAGUAA